CAGCGUCUCAAUCGUGUUUGCGAUCUCAGUGUGAAAAGAUCAACUGCUCGAAGAAAAUAAACAGAAAAUUCAGAGAUGCCGCUGCGCAAAAAAGAGGACUACAUCCCCAUUAAGUGCGAGGGCUGGAAUGGAAAGUUCGAGUAUCCCGAUGGAGCUGUGAACAAUGUAUCCAAGAUCCGUCGACAGAAUCAGAAUGUGACCAACACCAAUAACUUCUAUGGAUUUAGCACGGAGCCGAUUGUCUUGCCCACCGAAUGGGAUGGCACCUUUGUGAAGAGUGGCGAGACCCGUAUCAAGCAGGAGCGCAAUCGUUCCGAUGAUCAGGAUUACUUUGACUAUAAUACUGAACCCACUGUACUUCCGCCCACCUGGAGUGGUGAAUUCGUCACCGAUCCCAACGAUGUGCGCAUCAAGCCGGAACGCAACUUCUCCGAUGUCCGGGAUUAUGCCGAGGCAGCACGCUUCAAAUUGGUCCAACACUGAGUGAGAUUCGAUCCAAUCCUUGACGUUUCAAAUCAAACUAAUCCUGCAAAUGUUUCGUUUGUUUUGGUUUCUCAUUGUACUUGUAACCUUAUGACCUAAGCGUUUGUUGUAUCUUAAUUUUUAUCAUAUUUAUUCGUAUACUUAAUAAACAAUAGCAAAAAAAGCA